GAUGAAGACCAUUCUCAGCAAUCAGACCGUUGACAUCCCCGAGCAAGUCAGUGUUUCACUGAAGGGCCGGACAGUCAUUGUAAAGGGCCCUAGAGGAACCUUGCGAAGGGAUUUCAACCACAUCAAUGUGGAGCUGUCCCUCUUGGGAAAGAAACAUAAGAAGCUCCGUGUUGACAAGUGGUGGGGUAACAGAAAGGAGCUGGCAACAGUUCGUACAAUUUGCAGCCAUGUACAGAACAUGAUAAAGGGUGUUACACUGGGGUUCCGUUACAAGAUGAGGUCGGUGUACGCUCACUUCCCCAUCAACGUCGUUAUCCAGGAUAAUGGCUCUCUUGUGGAAAUCCGGAACUUCCUGGGAGAGAAGUACAUCCGCCGGGUGCGGAUGAGGCCAGGUGUGUCCUGUGCAGUAUCUCAAGCCCAGAAAGAUGAGCUGAUCCUUGAAGGGAAUGACAUUGAAUUGGUCUCCAACUCAGCUGCCUUGAUCCAGCAAGCCACAACGGUCAAGAACAAGGAUAUCAGGAAAUUCUUGGACGGUAUCUACGUCUCUGAGAAAGGAACAGUACAGCAGGCAGAUGAAUGAAACUACUAGUUGUCUGGGUCCUGAAACAAACAACAGUGAGACACUGUAUCAGCAAGUACCAGCUUCAAGAGUCUGAUACAAAAACAUCAUGAGAGGUUUAACAAAAUAAAAUAUAUUUCAUAUCUUGA